GGCUACCAUUUGUGUGGCUCAGAUUCAGUGAUGCCAUCUACAAUGUCUAUCCAAGAAGCCCGAAGUCGUCAUUCUGAUUGAUUAGCCCAACAAAGCAAAUGGCCACCGCGCAACUUGCUGACCAAAUUUCCCGGCCAAACCCAGCCUUGUGCGUCACCUCCCGUCGGCUAAGCGCCCCUGGUAAAUCCCCCACUAACUCCUGCUCCUUCAAAACCAAAACCAAACAGAAAGCCUUUAGAACUGACCGAAAUUUGAAGUGGGCUCUCAGGCUUAGCCUGGUGGAGCCAAGGCCAACUGUGGACGUGAAGCAGUUGGUGGACUUCUUGUACGAUGAUCUUCCGCACCUGUUCGAUGAUCAAGGCAUCGACCGGAGGGCGUACGAUGAGCAAGUGAAGUUCAGGGACCCAAUUACCAAACAUGAUACCAUAACUGGCUAUCUUUUCAACAUUUCCCUCUUGAAGAUUCUCUUCAGACCCGACUUCUACUUGCACUGGGUUAAGCAGACAGGACCUUAUGAAUUAACUACAAGAUGGACUAUGGUGAUGAAGUUUAUCCUUCUGCCAUAUAAACCAGAGCUGAUCUUUACAGGAACUUCUGUAAUGGGCAUCAACCCAGAGACUGGGAAGUUUUGCAGUCACGUGGAUUUUUGGGAUUCAAUAAAGAGAAAUGAAUAUUUUUCUUUAGAAGGAUUGUGGGAUGUAUUUAAGCAGUUGCGGAUUUACAAGACUCCAGAGUUGGAAUCCCCAAAAUAUCAGAUACUUAAGAGGACUGCUGAUUAUGAGGUAAGAAGGUACAGUUCAUUUAUAGUGGUUGAAACAAAUGGGGACAAACUAGCGGGGUCAACUGGCUUUAAUGAUGUUGCCGGGUAUAUUUUUGGAAAGAACUCUAAAGGGGAGAAGAUACCCAUGACUACUCCUGUUUUCACGCAGGCACUUGAUGCCGAGCUAUCCAAAGUGUCCAUUCAGAUUGUUCUUCCAUUGGACACAGAUAUAAGCUGUCUCCCAGAUCCUAAUCAACAAUCAAUUGGUUUAAGAAAGGUGGAAGGAGGCAUUGCAGCAGUAUUGAAGUUCAGUGGAAAACCCACUGAGGAUAUCACUCUUGAGAAAGAGAAAGCAUUGCGGUCUAGUCUUAUUAGAGAUGGUCUUAGACCUCAGAUGGGUUGUUUGCUUGCUCGCUACAACGAUCCAGGGCGAACAUGGAGCUUUAUAAUGAGGAAUGAAGUUCUUAUUUGGCUUGAGGAGUUCAAGUUGGAUUGAUGUGUUAACUAUAUCCAUCUGCUGACUGGAGUGCCCUGUUGAUUGUUCUCCAGACCUUGAAGUUACCACGAGGACUUAAGUUUCAAUGAAUUAUCAUCAACGAUUGAUCGGUACAGGCAUGUAUAAGGAUGGAAAAAAGAAUAGCAAAAGAACAGUAAAUUUACCCUAAUUUGUUCACUUUUACUUCUUGUUGUAGUAAGAUUGAUAAUUUUGAUUAUCAUUCUUUCUUCUUUUGCUUGUUAAGAUCACUAGAAUUAGGCGUCUAAACCACCUGAAACUGUUGUAGUCACAACUGAUAUAUGUUUUUUCAGUUUCUUAUUAAACCAACUGUGGUUCUCGGCAGACUAAUAUGUCAGCCUGAGCCGGGUUUUGAGUUGAAAAUGGAUCAGUUCUCACAGAAUCUGGUUGCAGUUUAUUGUCAGUUCCGGGUCAAGUAAUAAUAUUUUUGCAGAAAUCUCUUGUAUCCCCUACAAAGAUAAGAUAUCGUUUGAAGCAUUAGAUACA